AUGUUCUCUCGCGCAUUGAGGGUACAGAGGGCUGCUGCCCCUUCGCUGCGUGCUGCCCGCGCAGCCCGCGCUCCCACCGUUGGUGCCUUCAGAACCGUCACCACCGAUGCGGCGUCGGCCUCUCUCGAGAAGGGUGUCCCGGAGGAGGAUGACAAGCCCUUCACCAUCAACCUGAGCGACGAGAGUUUCGAGACAUACGAGCUCGACCCCCCACCAUACACCCUCGAGACCACCAAGAAUGAGCUCAAGAACAUGUACCGCGACAUGGUCGUCACCCGUCAAAUGGAGAUGGCCGCCGACAGGCUAUACAAGGAAAAGAAGAUCCGAGGUUUCUGCCACUUGUCCACUGGUCAGGAGGCCGUCGCAACCGGUAUCGAGUACGCCCUGGACAAGGAGGACGAUGUUAUUACCGCCUACCGAUGCCACGGUUACGCCCUGAUGCGUGGUGCCACGGUCCGAUCCAUCAUUGGUGAGCUUCUUGGUCGCCGUGAGGGUAUCGCCUACGGAAAGGGUGGUUCCAUGCACAUGUUCAGCAAGGGCUUCUACGGUGGAAACGGUAUCGUCGGUGCCCAGGUCCCCGUCGGUGCCGGUCUGGCUUUCGCACACAAGUACACUGGCCGCAAGCAGGCUAGUGUCAUCCUAUACGGUGACGGUGCCAGCAACCAGGGUCAGGUCUUUGAGGCUUUCAACAUGGCCAAGCUCUGGAAGCUGCCCGCCCUUUUCGGUUGCGAGAACAACAAGUACGGUAUGGGUACGGCUGCUGCCCGUUCGUCUGCCUUGACCGACUACUACAAGCGUGGUCAGUACAUUCCUGGUCUCAAGGUCAACGGUAUGGAUGUCCUUGCCGUCAAGGCCGCCGUCAAGUACGGAAAGGAGUGGGCCAUCAACGACAACGGUCCUCUUGUUCUCGAGUACGUCACAUACAGAUACGGAGGUCACUCCAUGUCCGACCCCGGUACCACCUACAGAACCCGUGAGGAGAUUCAGCGCAUGCGUUCGACAAACGACCCCAUUGCCGGCCUCAAGCAGAAGAUGCUGGACUGGAACGUUGUCACCGAGGAGGAGCUCAAGGGUAUCGACAAGGAGGCCCGCAAGCACGUCAACGAGGAGGUCGCCAUUGCCGAGGCCAUGCCCGUUCCCGACACCACCCCCCAGAUCCUAUACGAGGACAUUUACGUCAAGGGCAGCGAGCCGCAAUACAUCCGUGGCAGGACUGCUGAAGAGAACUACUACUUCUAA